UCGUGUUACAGAAUAACAUUCGUAUCAACGAAUUUCUAUUGCUUUUAAACUCGUACUCCUGUUCCAAAAACAUCGAGGGAAUUAAAUGAGAACCAUUUGGAGAUGUCUCGGCAAUCAGAAAGCACGAACGAAGCUAAGAAGGAUCGAAUUAUUUUAAACAUAGGCGGAAAACGGUUUGAGCCGUAUCAGAGCACCUUACAGAAUCAACCCGACAUGCCGCUUGCUUGGAUCACGAAAAACAAGGAAAAGUUGGAUUAUGAUCCGGACACGGGAGAGCUGUUCUUCGAUCGUCAUCCUAUGGUCUUCACGCAGAUCCUUAACUACUUUCAGACGGGGAAACUGCAUUGUCCGCGGGGAAUGUGCGGACCGUGUUUUCAGGACGAGUUGACCUUCUGGGGCAUCCACGAACAGCAGAUGGAAUCUUGCUGUUGGUCGAACUACACAAGUCAUCGUGAAGCUCAAAAAAAUCUUAAAGCACUCGAUUUUCAACCACAAUACAUUAAAUCCGAGCAUGGCGAGAGAGUGGGCGAGGAGAGAGUGGAUUCACAUAGGAAUGAGCCUGAUAACUUCUGGGAUACAUACAAGCCCAUUAUAUGGGAAGUCCUAGAGGAACCUUAUUCUACCACAAUUGCCAAGAUCUAUGCAUGGAUCUCUUUGAUAUUUGUUAUCAUCUCAAUAUGCACCGCUACUUUAUGGAGUAUUGCUACAUUUCAAGAGGAGAUCGACGGUCCAGGUAGUCCAAAGCUCUAUCUACUUGUCACUGAGGGAAUCUGUACCGUUUGGUUCUCGUGUGAAUUCAUCCUGAGAUUGGCUUUUUGUCCACAUCUGAAGUCGUUUCUGACCAACUAUCGAAACUGGAUUGACCUGAUUUCCAUUAUUCCAGCCUAUUUUAUCAUCCUGAAUGCCAGCAGUUUCGUCGUAGAUGUUCUUACGAUCUUCCGAAUCUUCCGUAUCUUUCGCUUCAUAAAACUUCUCUACGACUUGCAAAUAAUCGGGAAGACAUUUAAGGCAAGCUCGAAUCUGUUCUUGGUACUGCUCUUUGUCUUAAUCAUUCCACUGCUCAUCUGCUCCAGCGUGUUGUACUACACAGAAAGCAACCAUGGUGAUGCGUCGUCCAAGCCGAAGUACACAAGCAUUCCAGCCUCGCUCUGGUGGGGUAUCAUCACAAUUACCACCGUCGGCUAUGGCGAUCUAUCACCGACAUCUAUACCAGGAAAGAUAUUCGGCAUAUUCUGUGCGCUUUGCGGUGUGCUGUUUGUAUCAAUGUCUGCGUCGAUCGCAGGGAGUGCCUUUGUCCUUUAUUAUAACCUCGCACGUGCACAGAUGAAGAUUCCUGGAAAUCGCCAAAAGUUCAACAUCGACGUCGAAAGCCUUCCAACGAUUAUCAACUUUAACAACAUACCCAGUCUUUCGUCGAGCCCCGAGGACAGUGGUUUUGAACGUUCAUCGGGGUCUGCUAAUUCCGAGGAGAUGAAUAUGAGAAAGUGUCUCGCGAUGGGUAAGGACAGAAAACACGAUACUCACCCAAGUCAAGACAAAGACACAAGCCCCGUUCCUGAUAAACAAUUGUACGACGAGGGUUAUUUCGAUUUAGUUAAAAAAACUAUCGUGCUGCGAGAAAAAACACCGCUGUAACUUAUAAAUUUAUGCUAAUGCAAAUGCAAAUGCAGAGAACAAACUCGGUCUCCAUGCCUAUAGCUUCGAACGAAUGUAUAUUUGCGUUAUUUGCUGGACUUUACUGGCAAAUCACUUGAUUUUGACUAAAAUAGCAAUCCUCCCUUCGAUUGUAUGUGAGGGUAGCUAAGCUUCCCUGUCUUUGAAGGUGAGCUGCAGAGUCCCAUAUUAACUGUAAAGAAAUUACUUUAAUUAUUUUAUUUGUAAAUAUUAUCAUCAUGAA